UGUGUCGGAUAGGUCCGCCGAAUAGUGAUAAACUUCAUAUAAGCCCGUAAGCAGACCGGGCUGUGUUGCUUUGUGUAUUUGAUGAAACUUUGCAACGAUGGAGACCAUUUUAGAGCAACAGCGGCGAUAUCACGAGGAACGGGAACGUUUAAUAGAUGCACAAGUCAAGGAGAUGCUUCACAAAAAGUCAACGAAUCGUGACCAGAUAAACUCCGAUCACCGGUUAAGGGCCCUUCUUGACCGCCACAUGGAAUGCACAACCAGCCUGAAAGAACUGUACGAAGACAGAGACGGACUUCGGAAAGAAGAAAUCGCUUCACUCUCUGGCCCAAACGAAUUCGCAGAGUUUUAUUCCCGACUGAGAGCCAUUAAAGAAUUCCACAGGAGACAUCCGAACGAGAUUUUCGUUCCCAUGUCUAUGGAGUUCGAAGAACUUAACAAGGCUCGCGAGAAUCCGACGGAGGAAAUGAUGAACUUGGUGGAGUUCACGGACGAAGAGGGUUACGGGAAGUACCUGGACCUGCAUGAGUGCUACGAGCACUUCAUCAACCUGAAGGGCAUCGAAAGGGCAGACUACCUGAGUUACCUCUCGACGUUCGACCAGUUGUUCGACAUUCCCAGGGACAAGAAGAACUCUGAGUACAAAAAGUACCUCGAUAAACUGCUCGAAUAUCUUCAGGACUACAGCCUGAGAGUAAAACCGCUGCUUGACCUGAAUCAGGAAAUGGACAACGUCGUGGCCGACUUCGAGAAGCAGUGGGAGGGCGGGACCUUCCCUGGCUGGCAGAAAGAGGCAGGUAGCGCCCUGGCUCAUGCUGGAGCUCAUCUCGACCUGUCCGCAUUUUCCUCAUGGGAGGAACUUGCCUCUCUCGGAUUGGACAGAUUGAAGUCUGCUUUGAUGGCCCUGGGGCUCAAGUGUGGAGGAACCCUGGAGGAACGUGCCCAGCGCCUGUUCAGCACAAAAGGGAAGCAGAUCAGCGAACUGGACCCUGCACUGUUCACGAAAUCAAAGCCCGGACGGAGCAGGGAUUCCGAGAAGCAGAAAGAAAUCGCGACGUUAGAGGCACAGGUCUACCGCUUCGCCGAGAUACUCUCGGAACAGAGACAGGCGACGAAGGAAAACGUCCAGCGCAAACAGGCAAGAACGGUCGGAGAGCGAGAAGAAUCGGACAACGAAAUCAGCGAGAGUGAGUCGGAAGAGGAGGACAACGACGUCAUCUACAACCCAAAGAACCUGCCACUCGGGUGGGAUGGAAAGCCCAUUCCUUACUGGCUGUACAAGUUGCACGGACUGAACAUCAGCUACACGUGCGAAAUCUGCGGAAACUUCAUCUACAGGGGACCCAAAGCGUUCCAGCGUCACUUUGCGGAGUGGCGGCAUGCCCAUGGAAUGCGCUGCCUGGGCAUUCCCAACACAGCUCACUUUGCAAAUGUCACGCAGAUUGAGGACGCCCUUACCCUAUGGGGAAAGCUCAAGGACGAAAAGUGCAGAGAACGGUUCCAGCCCAGCACGGAGGAAGAAUACGAAGACACACAAGGAAAUGUUGUCAACAAGAAGACCUUUGAAGAUCUCAAACGACAAGGCCUGCUGUAGAUUUGCACUUCACUCUUGACAUUAUUAUUAAACAACAACAACUAUCAUAUAA